CUCUCUCUCUCUCUCUCUCUCUUUACCAGUCCGUUCUGCUCUGGUUGUUUGUUGCUCCUCUUCCCCUCUAUUCCACUCUCCUCUCCCAUCGUCCUCACCCUUAUUUAACCGUCUCCCUCCGGCCGGGCACCCUCCUACCAUGGUGCAGGAUUUUAACAGCUGGGGAAGGCGAGACGAUCCACACGUUCAGCAGACAGAGGUGGCAGCUCCACAGACAGCGACUGUGCCUUCGAGGGAGACUACACUGUGCCCCCGCUCCCGGUGACAGAAGGCAUGCAGCACAUCCGCAUCAUGGAGGGCGUGUCCCGCUCGCUGCCCUCCUCCCCGCUGCUCACGCACCAGGCCAUCAGCAUGCGGCUGCAGCCAAUGAAGAGGCUCACAGCCCCCCUGCGGAAAGCAAAGUUUGUGGAGGGCCCUCGCAUUCCAGACUCGGAGCUUGGCUCCCCCACACACACCUCUUCCCCUGCCAAGAACCCCAACCUGGAUACGUUCUGUCCUGGGGAGCCCAACCAGGAGCUGGGCCCCCCUCCGUCGGUGGACGAGGCGGCCAACACCCUGAUGACGCGGCUGGGCUUCCUGCUGGGCGAGAAAGUGAGCGAGGGGCCGCCUGGAGCACAGUACAGCAUGGAGGAGCAGGACGACAGCCAGGGUCUGUCGGUGACCCAGAGGAUCAGCCCCUGCUCCACUCUGACCAGCAGCACCGCCUCCCCCCCAGCCGGCAGUCCCUGCUCCACCCUGCCCCCCGCCCCCCCAGGGAACUCUGGGAACCGGGACUGCACCUACGGCUCCGUCACCAGCCCCACCUCCACGCUGGAGAGCAGGGACAGCGGCAUCAUCGCCACGCUUACCAGCUACUCGGAGAACGUGGAGCGGGGGGGAAAGUACGGUGAGGGCUCGCGGGGGAACCUGAAGCUCUGGCAGUCCCAGAAGUCGGGCAUGGACUCCUACCUGUACCGCGUAGACGAGAACAUGACUGCCUCCACCUACAGCCUCAACAAGAUCCCCGAGAGGAACCUGGAGACUAUCUCCUCCCACUCCGUCCACUCCAUCCCCCUCUACCUCAUGCCCCGCCCCAACUCUGUGGCAGCCACCAGCUCGGCUCACCUGGAGGACCUGGCCUACCUGGAUGAGCAGAGGCACACCCCGCUGCGCACCUCCCUGCGGAUGCCCCGGCAGGCCAUGGGGGCCGGGCGCUCCGGGCAGGACCUGAGAGCUUCCGCUAACAUCCAUGCCUGGCAGUCCCAGUCAAUGCGCUUCGCCCCUUACCGGCCCCCGGACAUCUCCCUCAAGCCCCUGCUCUUCGAGGUGCCCAGCAUCACCAUGGACUCGGUCUUCACCGGCCGCGACUGGCUCUUCCAGGAGAUCGACGCCCAGCUGCACAGCUCCAACCCCAGCACCAACCGGGGCGUGGUGGUGGUGGGCAACAUCGGCUACGGCAAGACGGCCAUCGUCUCACGCCUGGUGGCGCUCAGCUGCCACGGCACCCGCAUGCGGCAGAUCGCCUCCGACAGCCCCCACGCCUCGCCCAAACACGCGGAGGGCUUGCCCCUCAGCCAGCCCCAGCCCUCCCACGGCACCCUGGGCGGGGGCAGCUGUCCCGGGACGCCCGAGAUGCGGCGGCGGCAGGAGGAAGCCAUGAGAAGGCUGGCGUCUCAGGUGGUGGCCUACCACUACUGCCAGGCGGACAACGCCUACACCUGCCUGGUGCCGGAGUUUGUGCACAACGUGGCGGCGCUGCUGUGCCGCUCGCCGCAGCUCGUGGCGUACCGCGAGCAGCUGCUGCGGGAGCCGCACCUGCAGAGCGUGCUCAGCCUGCGCUCCUGCGUGCAGGACCCCCUGGCCUCCUUCCGGAGGGGCGUGCUGGAGCCCCUGGACACGCUCUACAAAGAGAGGAAGAUCACCACCGACGAGGACCUCAUCAUCCUCAUCGACGGGCUGAACGAGGCGGAGUUCCACAAGCCCGACUACGGAGACACCAUCGUCUCCUUCCUGAACAAAACCGUCGGCAGGUUCCCGGCCUGGCUGAAGCUGGUGGUGACAGUGAGGAGCUCUCUGCAGGAGAUCACCAAGCUCCUCCCGUUCCACCACAUCUCCCUGGACCGGCUGGAGGAGAACGAGUCCAUCGACCAGGAUCUGCAGGGCUACAUCCUGCACCGUAUCCACAGCAGCCCCGAGAUCCAGAACAACAUCUCGCUCAACGGCAAGAUGGACAACACGUCCUUCGGCAAGCUGAGCACCCACCUGAAGGCCCUCAGCCAGGGCUCCUACCUGUACCUCAAGCUGACCUUCGACCUCAUCGAGAAGGGCUACCUGGUGCUGAAGAGCUCCAGCUACAAGGUGGUGCCGGUCAACCUGGCGGAGGUCUACCUGCUGCAGUGCAACAUGCGCUUCCCGACGCAGUCGUCCUUCGAGCGGGCCCUGCCGCUGCUCAACGUGGCCGUGGCCUCGCUGCACCCGCUGACGGACGAGCAGAUCUACCAGGCCAUCAACGCCGGCUCCGUGCAGGGCACGCUGGAGUGGGACGACUUCCAGCAGCGCGUGGAGAACCUGUCCAUGUUCCUGGUGAAGCGGCGCGACGGCACACGCAUGUUCGUGCACCCCUCCUUCCGGGAGUGGCUCAUCUGGAGAGAGGAGGGCGAGAAGACCAAGUUCCUCUGUGACCCCAGGAGUGGCCACACGCUCCUGGCCUUCUGGUUCUCCCGGCAGGACGGCAAGCUGAACCGGCAGCAGACCAUCGAGCUGGGCCACCACAUCCUCAAAGCACACAUCUUCAAGGGCCUGAGCAAGAAGGUUGGGGUUUCCUCGUCCGUCCUGCAGGGGCUGUGGGUGUCAUACAGCACAGAGGGACUCUCCACCGCGCUGGCGUCCCUGAGGAACCUCUACACACCCAACAUCAAGGUGAGCAGGCUGCUGAUCCUGGGCGGGGCCAACGUGAACUACCGCACGGAGGUGCUGAACAAUGCUCCCAUCCUGUGCGUCCACGCCCACCUGGGCUACAUGGAGACGGUGGCCCUCCUGCUGGAGUUCGGGGCCUCCGUGGACACGGCCUCUGAGACCGGCCUCACCCCGCUGGGCUACGCGGCCGCCUCGGGCCAUCUGUCCAUCGUCACCACGCUGUGCCAUAAGAGGGCAAAGGUGGAUCAUCUGGAUAAGAACGGCCAGUGCGCCCUGGUGCACGCGGCCCUGCGGGGCCACCUGGAGGUGGUGAAGUUCCUCAUCCAGUGUGACUGGACCAUGGGCGGCCAGCAGCAGGGCGUCUUCAGCAAGAGCCACGCUGUCCAGCAGGCCCUCAUCGCCGCCGCCAGCAUGGGCUACACUGAGAUUGUCUCGUACCUGCUGGACCUCCCCGAGAAGGACGAGGAGGAGGUGGAGCGCGCCCAGAUCAACAGCUUCGACACGCUGUGGGGGGAGACAGCACUGACGGCGGCGGCAGGGCGGGGGAAGCUGGACGUGUGCAGGCUGCUGCUGGAGCAGGGGGCGGCCGUGGCCCAGCCCAACCGGCGCGGCAUCGUGCCCCUCUUCAGUGCCGUGCGGCAGGGGCACUGGCAGAUUGUGGACCUGCUACUGACUCACGGGGCAGACGUCAACAUGGCAGACAAGCAGGGCCGCACCCCACUGAUGAUGGCAGCGUCUGAGGGGCACCUUGGCACAGUGGAGUUCCUGCUGGCACAAGGUGCAUCUCUGGCUCUGAUGGACAAGGAGGGGUUGACGGCGCUCAGCUGGGCGUGUCUGAAAGGCCACCUGCCGGUGGUGCGGUCCCUGGUGGAGAGGGGCGCGGCCACCGACCAUGCCGACAAGAACGGCCGCACGCCUCUGGACCUGGCCGCUUUCUACGGGGACGCAGAGGUGGUCCAGUUCCUGGUGGACCACGGGGCGAUGAUCGAGCAUGUGGACUACAGUGGCAUGCGGCCACUGGACCGGGCGGUGGGCUGCCGCAACACCUCGGUGGUGGUGGCCCUGCUGAAGAAAGGAGCCAAGAUAGGUCCGGCAACGUGGGCGAUGGCCACCUCCAAACCAGACAUCAUGAUUAUCCUCCUGAGCAAGCUGAUCGAGGAAGGGGACAGCUUCUAUAAGAAGGGGAAGGUGAAGGAAGCCGCCCAGCGCUACCAGUACGCCCUAAAGAAGUUCCCGCGGGAGGGCUUCAGCGAGGACCUCAAGACCUUCCGUGAGCUCAAGGUCUCCCUGCUGCUCAACCUGUCCCGCUGCCGGAGGAAAAUGAACGACUUUGGAAUGGCUGAGGAGUUUGCCACCAAGGCUCUAGAGUUGAAACCAAAAUCAUACGAGGCCUAUUACGCCAGAGCCCGCGCCAAGCGCAGCAGCAGGCAGUUCCCCGCAGCCCUGGAGGACCUGAAUGAAGCCAUCAAGCAGUGCCCCAACAAUCGGGAGAUCCAGCGCCUGCUGCUGAGGGUGGAGGAGGAGUGUCGGCAGGUCAGCCAGCAGCAGCAGGAGCUGGAGCCUCCCCCUCCUCCCCCCGAGGAGGAGGAGCUGCCCCCUCCCGAGCCCCGCCUGGACGACAUGGAGCCCGUGCAGGACCUGUUCGAGGACGAGGACUACCUGGAGCAGGACAUGGAGGGCAUGUCCAUCGGCCUCCCUCCCGAGGCCCUCCCCAACCCUGCCAGCCUGCCCAUCAUCCAGAGCCCGCCCCCCUCUCCGGGCCACCACGACCCGGCGUACCUCUCCGGAGGCUCGCCGCUGGGCCAGGCCUUCGACUUCCGCCCCAGCCCGCCCUCCAUGUCUUCGCCCACCAGGCAGAGCUACCAGUCCACCUCGCCCUCGCUCUCCCCCACACACCAGAACUCCCACUUCCGGCCCAGCCCGCCACACACCUCCCCCGCCCACCAGGUGUCCUCCUACCGCUUCAGCCCGCCGCCUCUGGGCACGGAUUACCAGAGCCCCCCGCCCUCCCCGCUGCGCAGGGCGCCUCAGUACAGGGCCAGCCCCCCCACCGAGAGCGUGGGCCUGUACCGGUCCCAGUCGGGCUCCCCGGGCCGCUACCAGCAGGAGCCGCUCCCGGCCCGGCCCAAGUCCCCCCUGUCCAAAAUGAGCAGCCAGCGCUCCUUCCAACUGACCUCCCAGCCCUCCCAGUCCUCCCAGCUGGUGCCCCAGCAGGGCCUCCGGCUGCAACCCUCCAAGGCCCACAUCGUCCGCACCAACCAGCCCGGCGCCGUCCUGGGCAGCAGCGCCUACGGCCAGAUCUCCCAGUCCAUGAGCGGCCGCUACCCGGGCGCGGCGGUGGAGAUGGAGGGCAGCCGGCUGGUGUACCAGCCCUCCCUGGACGGCCGGCCCAUGGCGCAGGUGCAGGCCAGCCUGAGCUCGGGGGCGCUGUACCAGCACGGGGGCCGGGGCGGGUGCGUGGAGCCGGGCCUGGUGAAGGACGAGCUCCCGCAGCGGCCGUCCUCGGCGUACCGGCCCGGCGGCGGGGCGGGCCGCUACGGCCAGACGCCCCAGAUCAGCCGCAGCCAGUCGGCCGCCUACUACCCCGUCUCCAAGCACGAGCUGGAGCACGCCGCCGCCGGCCUGCCCCAGUGCCACAUGGGCUCCCCGGAGAACCCGCACAUGGCGCGCCGGCCCAUCAGCGCCAACACGCCCGAGAUCAAGCAGCACCCGCCCACCCCGCGGCCCCUCAUCCACUCCCAGAGCGUGGGCCUGCGCUUCUCCCCAUCCAGCAACAGCCUGUCGGUGGGCUCCGCCUGCAACCUGGCCCCGGGCUUCCGGCCCUCCGCCUCCGUCCAGCAGAUGGAGAUCCCCCUGAAGCCGUCCUACGAGAGCUACUGCGACGACCUCUCGCCCGUGUCCCCGUCUCAGGGGGCCGGCGGUGGCGGGGCGUACCCGGGCGAGGCCACCCGCUCCCGGACCACGCCCUUCAUGGGCAUCAUCGACAAGACGGCGCGGACUCAGCAGUACCUACAGCAGCCGGUGCGGCCCUGGGCCGUGUCCUCCCUGGACAUGGUGGUGACCAGCCCCACCUCCCCGGGGAACCUGGCUCAGCAGGGCGGCAGCGCCUCCUAUAGCCCGCCCGCCUCCAUGACCAACAUCGCCUACUACAACAAGACCAACAACGCCCAGAACGGGCACCUGCUGGAGGACGACUACUACCUGCAGGCAGGUGACAUCCUGGAGCGGGUGAGCCAGGCGCCCACAUACCCCGACGUCAAGGUGGCGCGGACGCUGCCGGUGGCGCAGGUCUACCAGGACAGCGUGUACCGGCAGCUGUCCCGCGACUCCCGCCAGGGGCCCACCUCGCCCAUCAAACCAAAGAGACCCUUCGUGGAGUCGAAUGUGUGAGAGGACUCAGGGCAGAGGGGUGAGAUGGGGGGAGAGGGGGGGGAAGAGAGGGAGGCUCCCGAUCAAAGAGGGGGAAACUGAGUGUACCCAGAGGAGGCCAGCUGAUCACUAUCGAGUACUGCUGCAGUGGUAGUUUCCUCACCGAUAGGCAUACACACAUGCAAAAUACUCACACAGGCAGAGCCCUCGCAUACAGCACAGUCUUGCUUUGCCCAAAUCCUCUCUGUUUCUGGUUAACAUCCCCAUUCAUUAAGGGAUUCUGUGGAAAUGUACAGUAUACGAACACCCCCUGAAUGAGGAAUGAGCUAGACUUUAAAGUGUACUUCUUAGAGAUUGGGGGCCGGGGGGGGGGUUUAUUUUAGUGUUCAGGACAAAAGCAUUUUUUUUAACAUUGCUCUGUGCUGCUGUUAACGACAGGAAGCACUGCGUUACACAUCAUUCAAUCUCUGCACACAAAAUAGCUGGCGAUGCCCGGGGGGUUUCUAUAGCAACCGCAAGAGCAACAAUAAGCGUGGUGCCGAGAGCCUGCGCUGAUGCCGCUGAUCCGGUGUUCCAGAAGCCUCCGUACCCCCCCUGGGGGCUGCGAGCCCUCAUCCGCUCCCCUCCCCUCCCCCCGCGAGCCUGUGCUGGGGGUCUCCAGAGUGCGGCCAGAGCCCCUGCACUUACCUGUGUACGGAAGACGAACUCAACCUGCUUUUCGGUCCUUAAAAAAAAAAAACAGAAUCAUGUGUUCUAAACUGAGAUUGCUAUGUUCUGUACUGUAAGAGAUUGCUAUGUUCUAUACUGUAAAUGUAACAAUAAAGAUUACUCGA